AUGAAGUCGGCCCCGAAAGUUGUCAGCUCUGCUCUCCGCCCGUCAGAGGACUUAACGAUUCUAAUCCCGCGCGAGUAUGCGUGUACCCCGCGGCGUGGUCGGGACGCGCCCGGCCGCGUGGAUGUGUGCGCCGUGUACAAGGCGAAGUUAGAUCGUCCACACUUUACCGCGGGCCUCGAUAGAACGGUACAGGCGGAGGCGAUAUUGGCCGACGCUGAAAGCCCUAGGUGUGGAAGCGAAGCUGCUUUGUGCGCGAUGUUUAGCGGACUACUA